UGAAAGAAAUAUUUGGGAAUUUGUAAUCGUAUCAUGUGCCAUACGUAGUUAUUCAAGGACGGCCCUAAGACGGAUACGUGACUUCGGCUUGCCCAGUUCCGUACGCGGUGAUUUGACCCCCGAGUAUCCUUUUUGGUAAAUUGAAAUGACGAAUAGAAACCACCAUUGCUCGAGAUUCCAGCUGGCCAUUAUUUUUAGGAGAGAAAAGACAGAUCCCACCGGUCGGAUUUCUGGAGCACGUUCUCGCUUCUGUUCCCCAGACUGUACCUUGGACCCGACAGUAGCGUUGCAUCUCGUGCAAUUUGUAAUUAUUGGUGUAGAAGACUGCGAUACAUAAAGACGCGCGGUCGUCACUAACUCUAACGAUGGUUUCUUACUAUCCUUGAUCGCUAAAACGUCGUAGGUUUGCUUUACCACUUGGGUUUCAUAACGCAGCCGUACACCUGCUGUAAUAUCCUUGUCACGAUGCCAGUCUCUACGGCUUCCCUCCUCACGUUGCUCGGUGCCUUCGUCACCACAACGCUGGGCCACGGUUACGUCACCGGCUACGUAGCAGACGGCGUCCAAAAGCCAGGUUUCCUAUUGCAAUACUACUACGACAAGAAGAACGGCGGCACCGUCCCCCCUCUCGCCGCCUGGUACGCAGAGAACCUCGACAGCGGUUUCGUGGCCCCGGAUGCUUACCAAACAUCCGACAUCAACUGCCACAAGAACUCCGCCCCGGGUUCAGAAACGACGGAGAUCAAGGCCGGCGCUACGGUGACGUUCCAAUGGGGUACAGCGGCAGGAGGCGCAUGGCCACACCCGUACGGACCGAUCAUUGAUUACAUCGCGCCCUGCGACGGGGACUGCAGCAAAGCCGACAAGACGAAGUUGAAGUGGGUUAAGAUCCAAGCGAGCGGUAUCGAUUCCUCGCAGCAAUGGGCAAGCGCCAAACUCAUCGCCAACAACAACACAUGGACGACUACAAUUCCCAAGUCAAUCGCGCCGGGUAACUACGUUCUGCGACAUGAAAUCAUCGCGCUUCACGGCGCGAGCUCGUUAAAUGGUGCUCAGAACUAUCCCCAGUGCUUCAAUAUCAAGAUCACGGGCUCUGGUACCGCGAAGCCGAGUGGGGCGUUGGGAACGGCGUUGUAUAAGAACACGGAUGCUGGUAUUCAUUUCAACCCGUAUGCGACGAUUACGGACUACCCCAUGCCUGGUCCGGCGCUGUUCUCUGGUUGAAGAGGGUACUGGAAUUAAUUGAAUAGAAACUCCUGUGAUAAGGAAAGGGAAUUUAGGAAGAGAAUUGCAUAGUAGGAAUAUUAAGCGACAUAUGAAUGGAUUUUUAUGAGACAAACUUUGCAGUCUCGACCUAAAAGGGAAUGGUAUAUUUGCAUAAAAAUGAACAAGUCUGAUUGGCUGCGAAAUAUGCCCUCAUAGACCUGGGAUAAAAGACAAAUCCAUUGUAUCAUUCAUUGUGUGAUACAAAAUAAAG